AUGGCUACAACACACCAAAUUCCUGUACUUAAGCAAUCUAAAGAGCCAGAAUUCACACGAGAUCAGAGACUGCGCAUUCAGACUCUAUUUUAUGAUGCUAAUCUCACCCGGGAUCAAAUUUGCCUGCAAACAAGGCACACUUAUCGCCAAGUGUACUAUACACUUCAGCACCCUUCUCAGGAAAACCGGCAGACUCCAUGGAAUCAGAUCCCUCAAAUCCUCGGCUGGGAAUGCGGGGAAUAUGCUAUUAGGACAGCAUUCAAGAGAGAAGGAGGCUUGACGGACGAGCAGUGGGAUGAAGUUUUAUGGAGUGAUAAAACUUGGGCACAACUUGGGAGGCAUACACGUAUAAGGGUUAUUCGCAGACCUGAGGAGAAGCAGAAUAAAGAUUGUAUGUUUUGGGGUUCAAUUAGUAAGAAGUAUGGACGGCAUAGAAGGCUCUUCUGGGAGAAGGAUUGGGAGACUAUUAAUAAAGGGUCUUAUUAUGGGAUUAUUGUGCUUGUGGUGAAUGAAAUUUUGCAACAAUACUUAGAGUUGCAGUUCCAGCAAGAUUUAAGAGUCAUUGAGUGGCCUCUUUGUUCCCUAGGCUUUAGCCUUAUUAAGAAUCUUUGGGAUGAUAUGAAAGAUUAUAUCCAAGAGCACUACCCUAAAGUGCACAAAAGUUACAAGAGAUUAAGGCAAGUAGUGCAAAAAGCUUGGGAAUCCAUUACUCAUGAGAGAAUUAGAGAGCUUGUACAUAGCAUGAGAGAGAGAUGCCAGGCAGUUAUUGAUGCUGAUGGCUAG